UAACAAAGCGAACAUUGACUGAUAAUACAUACAUAUUCUUUAAAAAUAAUUCAUCCGUUCAUUUUCGUGUCGUUUACGGUGCACUUCAGAAAUUUUACUUGAGUAAAUAGUCCCCAGGUAAACAACACGUGUGACAGAAUGGUGAUGCAAAGAAUUGUUAAGCCCAAAACCCAAAGGGGUAAGAGAUUCCUGGAGUCCAGAGAACCAAAGAUUUUUGAGAAUUGCAAGCAGUGCAUGUUUGUGAAGGGAGGCAACACGAGUCAAACUGUUUCACAGCUUCUCAAAGAAUUGUACACAUUGAAGAAAGGAAAUGCCAUUAUGUAUAAAAGAAAGAACAUCAUGCGACCUUUUGAAGAUGAAACGCAAAUGGAAUUUUUCUCUCAGAAGUCGGAUUCAUCCUUGUUUGUAUUCGGUAGUCACUCCAAAAAACGACCCAAUAAUAUUGUAGUGGGACGCAUGUUUGAUCAUCACAUCUUGGAUAUGAUAGAGCUUGGCGUAGAUGAUUUCAAAUCCAUGUUUGACAUACAGGGUCCCAAAUGUUCACUCGGAACGAAGCCAUGUCUGAUGUUUGCUGGAGAACAAUUUGACUCCUCGCCGGAGUACAGCAGACUCAAAAACCUCCUUAUAGAUUUUUUCCGCGGUGAGGUGAUCACAAGAGUACGUCUGCAGGGUCUGGAGCAUGUUAUACAGGUCACAGCAGCAGACGGCAAGAUAUUGGUUAGGAAUUACAGGAUUGCACUGAAAAAGUCUGGGGGUAGGGUGCCUCGUGUGGAGCUCCAGGAAAUGGGUCCCUCCGUAGACUUUACGAUGCGCAGGACGAAAAUAGCUUCCGAUGAUCUCUACAAGAGAAGUCUGAAAAAACCUAAAGAGGCUACAAUUAAGAAGAAGAAGAACAUCUCAAAGGAUCCAUUCGGUUCCAAGCUUGGCAGAAUCCACAUGCAGAAACAGGAUCUCGGCAAUCUACAGACGCGCAAACUGAAGGCCUUGAAACGGAAACCAGACGCCAAGGCAAACCAUUCUGAGGGCAGUCCCAAAAAAUCUAAGACAUCAAACGAGGAGGCCACUUGAUGUAAAAAUACGUGCAUGUGCUUAUAUGAACUUUUUUCGGCAAUUUGCAAAGAGGGAAAACCAGGCACAGGAGCGGGGUUUAUAACUUUAGCUCACCAUCAGUACCCUGAUACUUAUCAAUUCUUUUAGGAUGAAUUACAUGGUUGAAUGGUGUCCUUUAUUCAUACUAUGUUUUGUUUUGGCAAAUGUUUCACAUGACAAUUUUAUCAGUGUUGUGGUGUUAUUGUAUCUAUUUAACCCUUUUUCAGUACAAAAUUUGAUGUAUUAAUCAUACACUUGUACUUCAAUAGAUUCAUGCAUUAAGGAGAGGUUGAUGUUGGCAGGUCACAUCUGAUAAAAAAAUAAUGUUAACAUUUAGUGUAAAAUAUAAUGUUAUAUGAACUCCCAUGAACAAAUUUUGUGCAACUUAACCUUUUUAAUAAUCAAAGAAAUGAAGUCAAGAAUUUAGUUUGUGAAAGGUAAUUUUGGAAGAUCGUCUUCUGUAGUUCCCAGCCAUAAGGGCAAUCAGGAAGUAAGCAAAAUAUUUAAACUUGGUAUUGUGUAGAUUUUUGCAAGAUUUGUAAUAAUGCAUUCAUAAAUAUCAAUCUUUUGGAAUACAAAUAACACGCAUGUUUGUGGAAUGAAGAGUUAUGUGGUUCCUUUAAGACAUGAACACCAGAUACUGUUUGUUUCAGAGUACAUGUACAUGUAUUUGACAUUUUGUGUAUAUGUACAUAAAACCUUCUAAAUGAUUUCAUCAAUAAAACGUUAUUUCUUUAAAUAUUGUUAAAUAAAAAUAAUGUUUU